UCCCCCUCAUUUCCCCCAAUCCAAUCCAUCCACUGUCUCUCUCUCUCUAGAACUUCCUCUCUCUAUCAGUUUCUCUCUCUACAUCCAUCUCCAUCUUCUCUCUCUAGAAAAAUGCGUGAGAUCUUGCAUAUUCAGGGUGGCCAAUGCGGCAACCAGAUCGGAGCCAAGUUCUGGGAGGUCGUUUGCGCCGAGCACGGCAUCGACUCAACGGGUCGCUACCAAGGCGACAACGAUCUCCAACUCGAGCGAGUCAAUGUCUACUACAACGAGGCCAGUUGUGGGAGGUUCGUCCCACGCGCCGUCCUCAUGGACCUUGAACCAGGCACGAUGGACAGCGUCAGAUCGGGACCCUACGGUCAGAUCUUCCGGCCGGACAACUUCGUGUUUGGGCAGUCCGGUGCGGGCAACAAUUGGGCUAAAGGUCACUACACUGAGGGCGCUGAGCUCAUCGACUCGGUCCUCGAUGUGGUUCGCAAGGAGGCCGAGAACUGCGACUGUCUUCAAGGGUUUCAGGUUUGCCAUUCGUUGGGUGGUGGAACUGGCUCAGGAAUGGGAACCCUUCUUAUUUCCAAGAUUAGGGAAGAGUACCCGGAUCGAAUGAUGCUCACUUUUUCUGUAUUUCCAUCACCAAAGGUGUCUGACACUGUUGUUGAGCCUUACAAUGCAACCCUCUCAGUCCACCAACUUGUUGAGAAUGCAGACGAGUGCAUGGUUCUUGACAAUGAAGCUCUCUAUGACAUAUGUUUCCGAACCCUAAAACUCACCACACCCAGCUUUGGAGACCUGAAUCACCUGAUUUCUGCCACCAUGAGUGGUGUAACUUGCUGUCUUCGUUUCCCUGGUCAACUUAACUCUGAUCUCCGUAAACUUGCUGUCAACCUCAUCCCAUUCCCUCGGUUGCAUUUCUUCAUGGUAGGGUUUGCUCCACUCACAUCUCGUGGGUCACAGCAAUACCGGGCCCUUACUGUUCCUGAGCUCACCCAGCAGAUGUGGGAUGCCAAGAACAUGAUGUGUGCUGCUGAUCCCCGUCAUGGCCGAUACUUAACUGCUUCAGCCAUGUUCCGUGGCAAGAUGAGCACUAAAGAAGUUGAUGAGCAGAUGAUUAAUGUGCAAAACAAGAAUUCUUCCUACUUUGUUGAGUGGAUACCAAACAAUGUGAAGUCUACUGUCUGUGAUAUCCCUCCAACUGGUCUGAAAAUGGCAUCGACCUUCAUUGGGAACUCCACCUCGAUUCAAGAAAUGUUCCGGAGGGUGAGCGAGCAGUUCACAGCUAUGUUUCGCAGGAAGGCUUUCUUGCAUUGGUACACUGGAGAGGGCAUGGAUGAGAUGGAAUUCACAGAGGCCGAGAGCAACAUGAACGACUUGGUUUCCGAGUACCAGCAGUACCAAGAUGCUACUGCAGAUGAGGAAGGUUACGAUUACGAAGAUGAAGAGGAGGAAAUUCAGGAGGCCUAAAGUUCUCCAGCCUCUUAUUGUUGCAAUUCUGUUGCAGAUUUUAUGUUUUUUUUUUUUUUUUU